ACUUGGACUUCCCAAGCGCUCAGUACAGUGCCCUGCACACGGUGAUCUCAGGGCGAGACCCUCUUCGUCCGACAGAGGGGAAAGAUGAUGUUCUCCGACAGCCUAGAAAACGCCGUCCACAACCCGGUGAUCCCGUACGUCGGCACGCUCGCCGAGGAGCUGGUCCCGGGACUGGUGAUGGUUGUGAACGGGCACGUGCCCGACGACGCGGACAGGUUUCAGAUCGACUUCCAGUGCGGCAGCAGCGUGAAGCCCCGGGCCGACGUCGCCUUCCACUUCAACCCGCGCUUCCGGCGGCCCGGCCGGGUGGUCUGCAACAGCCUGCGCGGGGAGAAGUGGGGCCGGGAGGAGGUCACCCACCGGAUGCCCUUCGAGAAGGGGAAGCCCUUCAGGAUCGUGGUCAUGGUGCUCCAAGACAAGUUCCAGGUGGCCGUGAACGGGAAGCACUUCCUGCUGUAUGCCCACAGGAUGGAUCCUCUGCUCGUCGACACCGUGGGCAUCUCCGGCAAGGUGCACAUCCAGUCCUUCGGCUUCCUUCCCAAUCCGGAUGCCAGGGCCGCCACGUCACCGCUGGUCCUUCCCUACAACGCCCGCUUGAGCUCGCCGCUGGCACCCGGGCGGACCGUGGCCAUCAGAGGAGAAGUGGAUAAAGAUCCCAAAGGGAGCUUCAGCGUCAACCUGAGAGUCGGAGGCUCCCGAGACAUCGCCCUCCACCUCAACCCCCGCCUGAAGAGCAGCGCGUUUGUGAGGAACUCCUUCCUCCGUGACAGCUGGGGAGAAGAGGAGAAGAGCCUCCCUGACUUCCCCUUCAGCCCCGGGAUGUAUUUUGAGAUGCUCAUUUACUGCGAGGCCCAGCAAUACAAGGUGGCCAUCAACGGCGAGCACAUCCUGGAGUACAAGCACCGCUUCACGGACCUCGCCAAGGUCGACACCGUCGAGGUCCAGGGCGACGUCCGCCUGCGGGACGUCACCAGCUGGUAGUCUUCCCCGCCCCAUCCCGCCCGCCGCACGUGCCAGAGAUGGGGCUACGGCGGCCUGGGCCUCCUCCGCUUGCUAGCCAGGCGUGGAGGCCGGACCCCUGGGCCCGAUCGGACCUGUGACGGAGUCGGGGAAUCGGCGGAGGCCCCCAAAAGAUCAGCCUGAGAGAACGGCGGCCCUUCACCGCUCACCCAGACGGGAAGCAGUCGACGGUGACAAUUUUCUUUAAUGCCCCCAAAGAUGCUGAGCUCCCCCAGCCUCCCGCACUUGGGGACGGCAGAAAACCGCUUGCUUGUCGAGGAAGCAGGGGUUCAGGCGCUGAGGCCCCGCAGGACGAGAAGCCGGCGCCUAAAACGGCACAGCAGAGGCCUUCCGUAUAAAAGACGUGUGCAGACACGUUCCGUUGUCCUAUUCCUCCCUCCCUGCUGGCUUGCACGCUGAGUAUCCCACGAAUCCCGUCCGAGGGAGACGUACUAGCGCUAACCCUUCCUGGAGCACUUAUUGUAAAAAUAAAUUCCUAGAAAUCG